AUGACAGCUGUCCAAAAUCUUUCCAGUGACGACGAGACAAAAGUUAUCGAGAAUCCAAUCGAGAGUCCCAAUACAGAAGCGUCAGUCGAAGAAGCUAGUCAACAGCAAUUGCAAGAGGAUGAACAUGAUGGCGGAUAUGGCUGGGCUUUCGGUGUCUAUCUCGCUCACUAUAUUUCGACAAACGCCUUCCCUGGCACAUCAGAAGCCGCCUACUCCUUCAUCGGUGGUUUAUCUCAGUCCCAAAUCCUCAUCAUAGCUCCUCUCGUCACCCACGCCACUAGACUUCUCGGUACCAAGCCUCCGCUGUUCAUUGGAGCCGUGUUGGAGGCUGGAGCUUUGAUUGGCGCGAGCUUCGCUACAAAAUCUUGGCAUCUCUUCCUAUCCCAAGGCUUGUUAUUCGGUUGGGGGUGCUCGUUCCUAUACAUCGGCACCAUUGGCCUUAUCCCGCAGUGGUUCGCUCGAAGAAAGGGCAUUGCUACUGGAGUCGCAGCUGCGGGAAGUGGUCUGGGAGGUCUCAUAUACAGUUUAUCCACCGAGGCUAUGAUUUCCAACUUGAGCGUUGCCUGGGCCUUUCGCAUAACGGCCAUUUGCACCGCCUUUACAAAUAUUGUUUGUAUUCUGUUGAUAAAAGACAGGAACAAACACAUUCAACCGUUUCAGAAUGCGUUUGAUUUCCGCCUCCUAAAGAGACCUGCGCUGCUCCUCAUCAUUGCGUGGAUGUUCCUCAGUGUCAUUGGAUACACAUGCGUUCUGUUCUCGCUUCCUGAUAAUGCCGUUCAGAUUGGUCUUACUGCCCACCAAGGUGCCAUUUUAGGCGCCUUGGCCAAUCUUGGAAUGGUUAUUGGGAGACCCACAGUUGGCUUUCUCAGUGACCGUUACGGGAGGCUGAACAUGGUUAUCUCAGCAACCUUUCUGGCAGGAGUAUGGUGCUUGUGUCUCUGGACAUCGGGCACAUCAUAUUCCGCCUUGCUUGCAUUUUCUAUUCUAGGAGGAACAGUUAUGGGAACAUGCUGGCCAAUGGCCGGGCCGAUGUUGGCAGAUGCCUUUGGAAUAAAGCUUCUCCCAUCUACGCUGUCUAUUCUCUGGACUAGUUCUGCUAUCCCAUCAGCAUUUGCUGAGGCCAUGGCUUUGGGACUUCGACGAACGCACAAACCGGUCUAUCUCGAUGUUCAGAUAUUCUCCGGCUGUGUGUUUAUUGGUGCUUCACUCUUUUUAUUGCCUUUGAGGUUUAAGAAGAACAUCAAGAACCUCACUGCAGCAGAGAAGAAUUAG